AUUAGCGGUCAAACUUUAAAAUGGAUAAAAGUAAAGAAAAUUAAUCGUCUAAAAAAGAUGUUAAGGAACCUGAUUACAGCACUUCAAAAGUUAAUAAUGGUUACGAAAGUUUUAGUGAUUAAAAAGCAGAAAUGAUAAAUCUAAGGCUGCUACGCAAACGCCGCCAACGCCAAUUUACGCAAAACUUCUUUUAAUGCGUUACCUCCAAGAAUUGUUGGUGACCGGGAAACAGCUUAACACUUCAAGUUCAAGACGCGAAGUGAUUUUAAAGGUUCCGCAAUUUAUUGACGAUGCCACAGAUAUCAAUUAUGUCUUUUAUAUGUUCAGUGAUAGCAGUAAUGAUACAACAAACAGAUCCAUUGUAUUUCCUGGUUGAUCUUUGACUAAAUCUGAUAUAACUGUCAAGAGAACAAUACGCAAACGUAAAACUCGAAGGAAAUUAAUCUGUUACAAAGCUAUGUAGGCAAAUCGUAAAAAUAAAUAUAAAAUAUGUAAAAUAAGUAAAAAAAAAACUAUUGCAUUUAAAUUCAACUGAAAUAUUGUAGUGCAAAUGAACAGGGCUGACCGCAACCGACGCUUUGCAACACUGGAUCAGGGUUACAGGUUGGUUUGUGCAUUUUGGAGUAGUGGUAAUUUUUUACAGGCAUAACUAUUUAUAUGCGGUUUUUAUGUAAAUAAACCAAAGCAUACGUAGUCAAAUUAUUCGCAAAGUCAACGCGUUCAGAUCAAUGACUUAACAUCAACAACUGUGUUUUGGCAUUAUAAAAAAAAGAAAAAUUAAAUCUGAAGUGAAGUGCCACAAAACAAAAGCAACAGACCAAUUAUAAUCGAAUUUGCUACAUAGAAAAUAGGCAAAAUAGAUAAAGCCAAUAAGCAACGAACGAACGAACAUUUCUAACCCUGCUUGACCACCGACUAGUAAACAACAUAAAGAGCAUAGGAUAUGGAGGCCACACCAAUAUUUAACAGCGUCGAAGACGAGUGCAGAUACUGGAAAGAGCGGUCAAAACAGUACCACAAAGAGUGGACAGACGUCAAACAGGAGUACGAUGAGUAUGUUGAACAGUCGAGAGAAAUGGAAGCUGAAAUGGACGCCACUCUGGAGCAAAAACAGAGUAUAAUCAAAGAUCUCAGAGCCAAGCUUAAUAUGUUAGAGAAAGAAAACGAUUCACUCAAGCUCAAGCUGGACUCACAUGGCAUUGAAAUGUCAAAUCUAGAUAAACAGCUGGAAACAGUCAAGAAGGAACGCGAUUCCAUGAAAGAAUACCUGCGGCAAUUAGAGCAGAAAAACGAUGAUCUGGAGCGUGCACAUCGUAUACUCAAUGAGAGCAUAGUAGACUUUGAGAAGAUGUUGGACAAAGCCUAUGAAAAGAAUGCACUCCUCGAGAUGGAGGUGGACGAGAAGGAGGUACUGCAAGAGAAGUUACAGCGACUAAUGGACGAGACUCGCGAUCUCAAACAAGAGCUCAAUGUGAAGUCGCGCUAUACGCCAGCGAAUGGCACAACAACAACAGUGUCAUCAGCAGCUGGUAACAGCUCGAUGAACUCCUCAGCAUCGCUGCCCAAUGGUAUUGUGGCCAAUGGUGAUAUACUGCUGCAACAUGACAAUGCCGCCACGAAGGCGACUAGUAUGAGUGUGAAUGCUCUAAAUGGCAGUUUAAAUAAUAGAAACGAAUAUAAUCAACAGCAACAUUCGCUUAAAAAUCCCGAGAACCUUAUCAAUGGCAAUGCUAUGAAUGCCAGCUCCCGCACCACGGCGCUCAACAUUGUGGCCGACAUGUUAAGAAAACUGAACUUGGACAAGGCCUUGUUAUGUCCUGAAUGUCAAAAGUUUCGUUGCAUUUGUGAACGUGCUGCACUGUCGCCAGGCAGCGAAACAAGUCUAUUUCGCCGAGCCUUUGUCAGCACGAGCAGCUCUAGUGGCUGCAGCUCCACUUUGGCGACGCCCAGCAGCGAAUGCAGCGGCAGCGGCAGCUGGACGGAGUGCAAUGCUACCCGGCGAGCCAGUUUGGCUAGCCUGCAAUUUGGCACGAACAUAUUUAAGCGCUUUGCUGAACGCAUGCGCAGCAUACAGGACUCUGAGCGUAUGCCAGGGCCACCUGAGCUGUGAUACAUAUA